ACAUUUAUCUGUAAUUAGCUUCACUGUCACAGACAUUGAAGAACUCUUAAGCUUUUUUGGUACACUAUCCUGAAGGAAUGAAGGGUAGUAAUGGAAUAAAUAAAUAAAGUAUGAAGUGGCAGAAAGGUUCUUUAGAGGAUGUUGUGGUCCGCAACUACUACUACUGAUUGCAACUAUUCAGUAGUCACAAGCAAGCACUAGCAGCAAGCAUUUCAACUCUUUUUCUCUUCCCUUCAUCUUUCUCUUUAUUAAUAAUGCAGUUAAGGGAAAAACACCAUCACAAGUUUUAUCUAAUGGAAUUUGAAUUCAACUGAUUAAGCAUUUUCUUUUCUUUUCUUUUAUGCCAAGAAGGAACUGGAUGUUGAUGAGAGUCUGAGAAAGGAUGCUAAACCAGCUAUGGUUUGUACUGCCAAUGAUUUACAAGAAUGGAAAGAUUUUCCCAAAGGACUCAAGGUUCUUCUCCUUGAGGGAGACAACACUUCUGUUUCUGAAAUAAGAGUAAAGCUUGAGGCCAUGGACUAUAAUGUUUCUAUAUUCUGUGAUGUGAAUGAAGCCUUGUCAGCAGUCUCAAGUAGACCUGAAGAUUUCCAUAUAGCUAUAGUGGAGGUGAGUUCAAGCAGUUGUGAGGGAGGUUUCAGAUUUCUUGAGAAUGCCAAGGACUUACCAACCAUCAUGACUUCAAACAGCGAUUGUCUGAACACCAUGAUGAAGUGCAUAGCGCUUGGAGCAGUGGAGUUUCUCAGCAAACCACUCUCUGAGGACAAGCUCAGAAAUAUUUGGCAGCAUGUGGUUCACAAGGCGUUCAAUGCUGGGGUAAGUGCGCUGUCUGAAUCACUGAAACCUGUCAAGGAAUCCGUCGCCUCCAUCUUGCAGAUUCAAACAGAUAACGAACAAAAUGAAAGUAAAGCCUCAGUCGAGUUAGAGCAAGUAUUGAGGUCUUCUGACAAUGACCACCAUGAACAUUAUCCCGCUCCUUCAACCCCACAAUUGAAACAGGUGGGAAGAUUACUUGAUGAUGGGGAUUGCCAAGAGCAGACUAAUUGCUCCACGGAAAAAGAAAGUGGGGAACAUGAUGGAGAAUCUAAAUCUGUCGAAAUUACAUGUGAAAAUUUGAAUGCUGAAAGUAUUACUCAACAAACGAAAUCUGAAGCUACUUUGGUUCAGAAGGAAGAGGAGGAAUUUGCCGACGCUUCUAAGUGUGAGAGUGUUGUUUCACCACAGUUACCAAAUGUGAAGGUUCUAAACAACAGUGAAAGUAAUACAACGUCUGCAAACAAAGUAGUUGUUCGUAGUCAUAAAUGUGAAAUAAAAGCUAAUCGGAAGAAGAUGAAAGUAGACUGGACGCCGGAGCUGCACAAAAAAUUUGUGAAGGCAGUGGAGCAACUAGGCAUUGAUCACGCUAUUCCUUCUCGAAUAUUGGAUCUAAUGAAAGUGGAGGGAUUGACAAGGCAUAAUGUGGCAAGCCAUCUUCAGAAAUUUAGAAUGCAUAAGAGACAUAUCUUGCCGAAGCAAGAAGAUCGGAAAUGGCUAAAUCCAAGGGAUCCAACUCAAAGGAACUAUUGUCUUCAAAGACCAAUUAUGCCCGGUCCUCCAUCAUAUUAUUCUAACCAUACCCUUCCUCCUCUAGCUCCUUUAUAUCCCAUGUGGGGACAAUCUGGAACUCAAACGGCUGGCAUGCAGGUUUGGGGCCAUUCUGGUUAUCCCGUGUGGCAGCCUACAGAAAGUUGGCAUUGGAAACCAUUUCCGGGGAUGCAUCCAGAUGCAUGGGGCUGCCCGGUGUUACCUCCACCUCAACCUCCUUGCUAUUCCUACUCUCAGGAUAUACCUGCAGUGAGUAACGCUAAUGCAAUGGACUACACAUUUAGCAUGAUGCUACAUAGUUCCUUUGACGAUUAUCCGGCAGAGGAGGUUAUUGACAAUGUUGUGAAGGAGGCAAUAAGUAAGCCAUGGCUACCUUUGCCAAUAGGCCUCAAACCUCCUUCCACGGAUAGUGUGUUGGCUGAGCUUUCAAGACAAGGCAUUUCCAGCAUCCCUCCAAGCUACAAUGGUUCUAUUCCCUAUUGACAUUUACAACCAAAAACUGGUUCUGAUGGUGACAAACUUCUAUACAAAAAGGGUCCACUAGAUCAUGACCCCAUUGUUAUUUUUUUAGUUUCUCAAAUUUAUCAAGUUCCAAGUAGUAAAUUGACCGGGAAUAGGAGAAUGGGGACCAUUUUGUUAAGCCAUAUUAGGUUCCCCCCUCCCACAUCACACCACCAACAACCACUUCAUACAAUACCUUGAUGCAACAACCAAGUAGAAGUCAUGCAGCACUGACACUUGACGUGUCCGGUGUCCGACACCAACAUAUGUGUCCAAUGUCAACGUGUUUGUGUCAGCAUCGUGUAUGAUGUUUGUGUUUGUCUAUGUCAGUGUUUCGUAGAGUAGUAGACAUUGAUCAUAUCCAUCAUCACAUGCCAAAACAAAGCAAAAGCAAAAUCAAAUAAAAAAAAAAAUAUAUCAAGUGGGGGACACCGGUUAGGCUACUUGGGUGGUUGAGAAUUGGCCACACAUUAGUUGAUGCUCUCAAAAAGAAAUUGUGGUUGUAAAUAGAUGCUGGUAUGGUUGUAAAUGUGGUACUUUUGGGAAGCAUCAAACAGUGAUAGGUAUGUUUUGUUGGGGUGUGGGAAUAUCUAAUAAUGGUAAGGAUAGGAACAAUGUUGUGAAUAAAAAGAUGAGUUCAAAGGCUUGACGGAUGCUAACUUUUUCUUCUUUUUGAAACUGAAUUUUAUCUUUCAGCUGUUUGCUAAAUUCAGAAUUUAGUUGUUUCAACGUUCUUCAUGUUUUAAUCUGUCUUUCAGACCUUUUCCACCAAAAUUAUGUAUCAUUUUCCUGUUUUAGAAAA